AAAAAAAAGAACCGGUCUCUGUCUGAAAAUUCCUGCGAGAAUCUCUUCUUUUUUUCCUGGGAAUCUACGAGACUUUGAUUGAAAAUGGUACGAGGAAAACUUGUAGUACAUCUUGUUGGGGCUAAAGGCCUUGAAAACACUGAUUUUCUCAAUGAUAUGGAUCCAUAUGUGAUCCUAACUUGUAGAUCUCAGGAGAAAAAGAGCAGUGUUGCAUCAGGCAAGGGAUGUGAACCAGAAUGGAAUGAAACAUUUGUUUUCUCCAUUUCUGAGGAUGUUGAAGAACUCUUCUUGAAGAUAAUGGACAGUGAUUCUAUCGGUGAUGACGAUAUUGUGGGGGAAGCUAAGAUACCAAUUGAACCAGUUUUAUCAGAAGGGAGCAUCCCAAUAACGUGUUAUAAUGUUGUUAAAGAUGAAGAAUAUUGUGGAGAAAUUAAAGUUGGUCUGACCUUUACUCCUGAGGAAUAUUCUGAGAGGAAGUAUGAAGAUGAAAACCUUGGUGGAUGGAAAGAGUCUUCUUAUUGAUGCGAAGCAUCGCUCGAUCAAUGAAUUUGUUCUUGCUUAGACAUGAACUUUUCCUACGGAAGUAUCUACUCGUAACAAAAUCUCAGUUGUCAAAGUGUGGAUUUCAGAUAGUAAAAAGGAUAAAAAAGGACGCACUAUAUCGCGUCAUAAUGUGUUCCGAGCAUGAAGUGGAAUGAAAAAGUUGGGAUUUUCUUUUCAUUUUUCAAGUUAAAUUUGAUGAUGUUUCUUUGCAAUGAUCUUCAAUUUAUUGUAUCAAACACUGCAAUUUAAGGUUUAUUAUGCAGAAUGAUUUUACCAUUGCUUCCACAA